AUGGUUUCAAAAAAUAAAAUAAUUUGCCUCUUUGGUUAUGAAAAGACUCAAACUGUUGGGGACUUUUGUUUUCGUGAAAUUGGGUCAACAGGGUUUCCUUUAGAAACGCAAAUAGAAAAAUACUAUAGCGUUGGUGAGGUUGCAAAAUAUGUUUGCGCUGGGUUGAUGCUUGCAGUGCAAAUUAAGGAAAAAUAUACCCCUGUGAACAACGACUCGAUGGAAAUGAAAAAUCUUCAUUUAGAUGAAUGUUAUUAUUUUCAUGAUGAAGGUGCGGUGGUGCGGUGGUAUACCGCUGGAGGAGAAUACGCACAUGUGCGGUGGUAUACCGCUGGAGGAGAAUAUGUACAUGUAAGAGAUUGUUAUUUUCAUGGUGAAGGAUGUGGUGGGAAUAUAUAG